GCUCCUGAGAGAACACCGUCGAAAGUAAACUGACCGUCGCUGGAGUGCGCGCGGCAAGGGGACAAAAGUAGGCGGUUCCCUUUCUAAAAAAGACUCCGUAACAAAUAGUCUCACGAGGUCCGAAGACAGGACGAACCGAUAACGGACUGCGGUAGUUUUUCGAACGCUAUUCUCGGUUCAGAAGGCAUUCGAUUGAAUAGACAUCAUCGUUUCGCAGAAUGGCGAAGCAAGACGCGAUUGUUGUAAGAAACGCUAAUAAGCGUUACGGAAAAGGAGAGCAAGUACUCGACGGACUGAAUAUGACGGUUUCGAGGGGUUCCAUAUACGGACUGUUGGGGCCCAGUGGAUGCGGCAAAACUACCAUACUAUCCUGCAUGGUCGGGAUUUGUAAACUUAAUAGCGGCGAGGUGUUGGUCUUGGGCGAAACUCCGGGCAGCAAGGUUUGCGGGAUUCCCGGGCCUCGAGUAGGUUAUAUGCCGCAGAGCGUCUCGUUAGUCGGAGAAUUUUCCGUGAGCGAUGCUCUUUAUUAUUUCGGCAGGAUCAGCGGGCUUAGUGAUGAGGAAAUCGAAACGAAACUGAACUUUCUGUCGGAGUUGUUUCAACUACCACCAGCGAACCACCUGGUGAAGAAUAUAAGUACAGGUCAACAAAGAAGGGUUUCCCUUGCCGCCGCAUUGAUCCACGGGCCCGAACUCCUAAUUCUAGACGAACCCACCGUCGGCUUGGAUCCAAUUUUGAGAGAGAACAUUUGGGCUUACCUAAUCAAGAUUACGCAGGAGCAAGGGACCACCGUGUUGAUUACGACACAUUAUAUCGAAGAGACUACAGAUGCUAAUAAAAUCGGUUUGAUGAAAAGUGGUAAAUUGUUGGCGGAAUUGGGGCCGCAGGAAUUAUUGGAACAAUGUCACUGUUCGUUAUUGGAAGAAGCUUUUCUGAAACUGUGCGAGGCACAAAAUAACGCAGUUAUUUUAAAUGAAGCCCAGGGAUCCAGUGCAAUAAAUACUGGUGGCCAAGUCUUAAAUCAAGACCAAGAUAUAUAUGAACAAACAGAAGCAAACUCGGAUUACAAAAUGGUUUCGAAAAGUCAAGUUCCGUGCUCGAGAAGAAUGAAAGCUUUAUUGGUGAAGAACGGCGUCCAGUUUAGCCGCAAUUACGCAGGGAUACUUUUCGCACUAUUAAUCCCGAUAAUCCAAAGUAACCUAUUGUUUCUUACAAUUGGUCAAGAUACGACAAACUUGAAGAUUGCGGUUGUCAACGAUGAGUCUGGCAACUGUGACUACGGCAACAACUUGGGCAAUAUUUGGAAUGACGAAAUCACCUGCCACUUUGGUAACCUUAGCUGUAGGUUUCUGCACAAUUUUGACGACUUAAUUGCAAAACAGAUGUAUUAUAACAACAUUUCAGAGGCGAGUCGCGAGGCGCAGAAUAGACAAUUCGUUGGUAUAAUAUAUUUCAAUCAAAAUUUCUCUGAGGCUCUGCAAGCACGAAUAGAAGAUGCCAAGUUUGCGAAGGAUUCCGAUCUUCGUGCCAGUCAGAUUCAAGUUUCCCUCGAUAUGAGCAAUAUGCUAAUUGGGACUUCAAUUCAGAGGAAAUUAUUCAUACGUGUUUUAGAGACCUAUAAAGAUAUCGUGAGAGAUUGCAAAUAUCCGUCAAAACUGGCCGACCUGCCCAUUCGAUUUGAAGAUCCCAUUUAUGGUUCGACGGAGCUCACGUACGCAGAUUACGUCGCACCAACAUACUUGAUAGCAUUUAUCUUCUUUAUGGCCACCACAAUCUCUACCUACUUGAUAAUCACAGAUCGUAUACAGGGUGUCUGGAAUAGAAGCGUAGUCCAAGGAGUCAAAAUAAAAGAGAUUUUGCUGUCUCACAUUCUUAUUCAGAGCACCGUCAUAGUGAUUCAUACUACUAUGAUAGUGCUCAUGUUCUUCCCCAUAUGGGGUUUGGAAUGUAAAGGAUCGAUGUUUAUUGUAAUUAUCUUAAUAUUUAUCAAUGGGUUUUGUGGAUUGAUGUUCGGUUUUGUUAUCUCUGUUAUGUGCUCAAAUCAUGUUUCGGCGUGUUACAUUUCAACCGGAAGUUUACUCACGAUGACACUGAUCAACGGAUGUUUUUGGCCACUUGAGGGACUACCGAAAGUGAUCCGCUGGAUCAGCUACACGUUGCCAACUACAUUAUCCACCCUAUCUAUGAGGGGAAUCCUUUACAAAGGAUCUUCCAUAUCUGAUUUCGAAGUUUAUAUUGGCUUUUUAAUACCUUUAGGAUGGAUAUUGCUAUUUUUCGUUGUCUCUAUACUUGGUAUAAGAUUUAAAUCCUCGUAAUAUUAUUUAGAAACGUUGAAAACUUUUAUGGAUAUGAUAGAAAGUAA